UCCUCCACGAGGGGAAAAGAGAGGUGGCGCACGUCGGGGCGCCCGGGACCCUGCGGCGGCCCCGCAUCCCGUGCACUGAGUCUGGCGGGCGGCCGUGUCUAAGCAGGCGGCUCGCUAGACCAGGCCUGGCGUCGCCCAGGCGUGUCUGGUGCCGGUCAGCCUGGCUGUGGUUGCGUUGGCCGCGGGGGCCGUGAGAGGAAAGGUCGUGCCCACCAGAGACCCGACGUGCGGGCGGAGCUGGUCCUCAGGUGUCUCCGUGCCUGUUUCCUCUGCACAGAGGGGACCUCUGUUGCGUCCCUGUCCAUCAUGGCCAAGCCAACAAACAAAGAUUCAGGCUUGAAGGAGAAGUUCAAGAUUCUGUUGGGACUGGGAACACCAAGGCCGAACCCCAGGUCUGCAGAGGGCAAACAGACGGAGUUUAUCAUCACGGCGGAAAUCCUGAGAGAACUGAGUGUUGAAAGUGGCCUCAACAAUCGCAUCCGGGUGAUAGGGCAGAUCUGUGAAGUCGCAAAAACUAAGAAGUUUGAAGAGCAUGCCGUGGAAGCACUCUGGAAGGCCGUCGCAGACUUGCUGCAGCCGGAGCGGCCGCCAGAGGCCCGGCACGCAGUGCUGGCUCUGCUGAAGGCCAUUGUGCAGGGGCAGGGUGACCGCCUGGGGGUCCUCAGAGCCCUCUUCUUUAAAGUCAUCAAGGAUUACCCCUCCAAUGAAGACCUCCACGAAAGGCUGGAAGUUUUCAAGGCCCUCACGGACAAUGGGAGACAUAUCACCUACCUAGAAGAAGAACUGGCCGAGUUUGUCCUGCAGUGGAUGGAUGUCGGCUUGUCCUCAGAAUUCCUUCUGGUGCUUGUGAACUUGGUCAAAUUCAAUAGCUGUUACCUCGACGAAUACAUCGCCUCCAUGGUUCACAUGAUCUGCCUGCUGUGUAUCCGGACCAUGUCCUCUGUGGACAUAGAGGUCUCCUUGCAGGUGCUGGACGCUGUGGUCUGCUACAAUUGCCUGCCGGCCGAGAGCCUGCCACUGUUCAUUGUCACCCUGUGCCGCACGGUCAACGUCAAGGAGCUCUGUGAGCCCUGCUGGAAGCUGAUGCGUAACCUCCUGGGCACCCACCUGGGCCACAGCGCCAUCUACAACAUGUGCCGCAUCAUGGAGGACAGAGCCUACAUGGAAGACGCCCCGCUGCUGAGAGGAGCCGUGUUCUUUGUGGGCAUGGCUCUCUGGGGUGCCCACCGACUCUAUUCUCUCAAGAACUCCCCGACGUCUGUGUUACCGUCGUUUUAUGAGGCCAUGACCUGUCCGAACGAGGUGGUGUCCUAUGAGAUCGUCCUGUCCAUCACCAGACUCAUCAAGAAGUAUAGGAAGGAGCUCCAGGCGGUGACGUGGGACAUCCUGCUGAACAUCAUCCAUAGGCUGUUGCAGCAGCUCCAGAGUCUGGACAGCCCGGAGCUCAGGACCAUUGUCCACGACCUGCUGACCACGGUGGAGGAGCUGUGUGACCAGAAUGAGUUCCACGGCUCCCAGGAGAGAUACUUUGAGCUGGUGGAGAGAUGCGCAGACCAGAGGCCUGAAUCCUCCCUCUUGAACUUAAUAUCCUACAGAGCCCAGUCAAUUCACCCGGCAAAGGAUGGCUGGAUUCAGAACCUGCAGCUGUUGAUGGAGAGGUUCUUCAGGAACGAGUCCCGCAGUGCAGUGCGCAUCAAGGUGCUGGACAUCCUGUCCUUCGUGCUGCUUAUCAACAGGCAGUUCUAUGAGGAGGAGCUGAUCAACUCGGUGGUGAUCUCGCAGCUCUCCCACAUCCCUGAGGAUAAGGACCACCAAGUGCGGAAGCUGGCCACGCAGCUGCUGGUGGACCUGGCAGAGGGCUGCCACACCCACCACUUCAACAGCCUACUGGACAUCAUUGAGAAAGUGAUGGCCCGCUCACUCUCUCCACCCCCCGAGCUGGAGGAAAAGGACGUGGCCGCCUACUCGGCUUCCUUGGAAGAUGUGAAGACUGCGGUCCUGGGGCUGCUGCUCAUCCUUCAGACUAAGCUGUAUACGUUGCCUGCCAGCCAUGCUGUGCGCGUGUAUGAGACGCUUGUCAGUCACAUCCAGCUCCACUACAAGCACAGCUACACCCUGCCCAUUGCCAGCAGUAUCCGGCUGCAGGCCUUUGACUUUCUGCUGCUGCUGCGGGCUGACUCGCUGCACCGCCUCGGCCUUCCCAACAAGGACGGGGCUGUGAGAUUCAGCCCCUAUUGCCUCUGUGACUACACGGAGCCGGAGAGAGGCUCCGAGAAGAAGGCCAGUGGCCCCCUUUCGCCCCCCACUGGGCCACCUGGCCCCAUGCCUGCAGGCCCCACUAUUCGGCUUGGCUACCUGCCGUACUCCCUGCUCUUCCGAGUCCUGCUGCAGUGUUUGAAGCAGGAGACCGAGUGGAAGGUGCUGAAGCUGGUCCUCAGCAAGCUUCCCGAGUCACUGCGCUACAAGGUCCUCAUCUUCACCUCUCCCUGCAGCGUUGACCAGCUGUCUUCUGCCCUCUGCUCCAUGCUUUCAGGCCCAAAGACCCUUGAGCGGCUGCGAGGCACCCCAGAAGGGUUCUCCAGAACCGACCUGCACUUGGCCGUGGUUCCAGUGCUGACAGCAUUAAUCUCCUACCAUAACUACUUAGACAAAACCAAACAGCGGGAGAUGGUGUACUGCCUGGAGCAAGGUCUCAUCUACCGCUGCGCUAGCCAGUGUGUGGUGGCCCUGGCCAUCUGCAGCGUGGAGAUGCCCGACAUCAUCAUCAAAGCACUGCCCGUUCUCGUGGUGAAGCUCACACACAUCUCAGCCACUGCCAGCAUGGCCAUCCCGCUGCUGGAGUUCCUGUCCACUCUUGCCAGGCUGCCUCACCUCUACAGGAACUUCGCUGCAGAGCAGUACGCCAGUGUGUUUGCCAUCUCCCUGCCAUACACCAACCCCUCCAAGUUCAAUCAGUACAUCGUGUGCCUGGCCCAUCAUGUAAUAGCCAUGUGGUUUAUCAGAUGCCGCUUGCCCUUCCGGAAAGAUUUUGUUCCUUAUAUCACUAAGGGCCUGCGUUCCAAUGUCCUCCUGUCUUUUGAUGACACACCUGAGAAGGACAGCUUCAGAGCACGGAGCACCAGUCUCAACGAGAGGCCCAAAAGUUUGAGGAUAGCCAGACCCCCCAAACAAGGCUGGAAUAACUCUCCACCUGUGAAAGAGUGCAAGGAGAGCUCUGCAGCCGAGGCCUUCCGGUGCCGCAGCAUCAGUGUGUCUGAACAUGUGGUCCGCAGCAGGAUACAGACAUCCCUCACCAGUGCCAGCCUGGGAUCUGCAGAUGAGAACUCCAUGGCUCAGGCAGACGACAACUUAAAAAAUCUCCACCUGGAGCUCACAGAAACAUGUCUGGACAUGAUGGCCCGAUAUGUGUUCUCCAACUUCACGGCAGUCCCCAAGAGGUCUCCUGUGGGAGAGUUCCUCCUGGCAGGCGGCAGGACCAAGACGUGGCUGGUUGGGAACAAGCUUGUCACCGUGACGACAAGUGUGGGGACUGGGACCCGGUCAUUGCUGGGCCUAGACUCAGGGGAGCUUCAGGGCGGCCCAGAGUCAAGCUCUGACCCCGGAGUGCAUGUGCGACAGACAAAGGAGGCGCCGGCCAAGCUGGAGUCCCAGGCUGGACAGCAGCUGUCCCGCGGGGCCCGGGACCGGGUCCGCUCCAUGUCGGGGGGCCAUGGCCUUCGAGUUGGUGCCCUGGACGUGCCCGCCUCCCACUUCCCAGGUGGCUCCACUUCUCCAGGACCACAGACUCCACCAGCCACAAAGCCCGAGAAGGCCUCAGCGGGCGCCCAGACUCCAGCACAGGAGAAGAAAAACCUGGCGGCCUACGUGCCCCUGCUAACCCAGGGCUGGGCAGAGAUCUUGGUCCGGAGGCCCACAGGGAACACCAGCUGGCUCAUGAGCCUGGAGAACCCACUCAGCCCCUUCUCCUCGGACAUCAACAACAUGCCUCUGCAGGAGCUGUCCAAUGCCCUCAUGGCGGCUGAACGCUUCAAGGAGCACCGGGACACAGCCCUGUACAAGUCGCUGUCAGUUCCAGCAGCCAGCACGGCCAAGUCCCCCACUCUCCCACGCUCCAACACAGUGGCCUCUUUCUCCUCCCUGUACCAGUCCAGUUGCCAAGGAAAGCUGCACAGGAGCAUUUCCUGGGCAGACUCUGCCGUGGUUUUGGAGGAGGGAGGUCCAGGAGAAGCUCAUGCAUCAAUGGAGCCCCCUGAGUUGGAGGACUUCGAGGCAGCUCUGGGCACAGACAGGCACUGUGGGCACGCUGAGGCCUACAGCAGGUCAUCCUCAACCUCUAGCCAGGAGGAGAAGUCAUUCCGUGCAGAAGAGCUGGCUGCUGGGGCCAUUCCCAUCGAGCGGGCCGUCUCCUCUGAGGGAGACCAGUCCUCUGUGGACCUCUCCUUCCAGCCCUCACAGCCCCUGAGCAAGUCCAGCUCCUCGCCCGAGCUGCAGACCCUGCAAGACAUCCUUGGGGACCCUGGGGACAAGGCUGAUGUUGGCCGGCUCAGUCCUGAAGCCAAGACCCGGUCACAGUCAGGGAUCCUGGAUGGGGAAGGUGCUGCUUGGUCAGCCCCAGGCGAAGAGAGCCGGGGUCUGGGCCUUGCCCAGCCCGAGAGUCCCUUGCCUUCCAGCUCCCCCCGCUCACCCAGUGGCCUUCGGCCGCGAGGUUACACCAUCUCUGAUUCGGCCCCAUCACGCAGGGGCAAGAGAGUAGAGAGGGAUGCCUUCAAGAGCAGAGCUGCAGCCUCCAAUGCUGAGAAAGUGCCGGGCAUCAACCCCAGCUUCGUCUUCCUACAGCUGUACCAUUCGCCUUUCUUUGGUGAUGAGUCCAACAAGCCAAUCCUGUUGCCCAACGAGUCCUUUGAGCGGUCGGUGCAGCUUCUUGAUCAGAUCCCGUCCUACGACACACACAAGAUUGCUGUCCUGUAUGUGGGAGAAGGUCAGAGCAGCAGCGAGCUUGCCAUCCUUUCCAACGAGCACGGCUCCUACAGGUACACAGAGUUCCUGACAGGCCUGGGCAAGCUUAUCGAGCUCAAGGACUGCCAGCCAGAUAAGGUGUACCUGGGUGGCCUGGAUGUGUGUGGCGAGGACGGCCAGUUCACGUACUGCUGGCAUGAUGACAUCAUGCAAGCUGUCUUCCACAUUGCCACCCUGAUGCCCACCAAGGACGUGGACAAGCACCGCUGUGACAAGAAGCGCCACCUGGGCAACGACUUUGUUUCCAUUGUCUACAAUGACUCUGGCGAGGACUUCAAGCUGGGCACCAUCAGAGGCCAGUUCAACUUCGUCCACGUGAUCAUCACCCCCCUGGACUACCAGUGCAACCUGGUGUCGCUGCAGUGCAGGAAAGAUAUGGAGGGCCUCGUGGACACCAGCAUGGCCAAGAUCGUGUCUGACCGCAACCUGCCCUUCGUGGCCCGCCAGAUGGCACUGCAUGCAAAUAUGGCCUCACAGGUGCACCACAGCCGCUCCAACCCCACUGACAUCUACCCCUCCAAGUGGAUUGCCCGGCUCCGCCACAUUAAGCGGCUUCGCCACCGGAUCCGUGAGGAAGCCCACUACUCGAACCCCAGCCUGCCCCUGAUGCAAAUGCACCCUCCAGCCCACACCAAAGCCCCAGCGCCCAGCCCACCUGAGCCCACGCCCACCUACGAGACUGGCCAGCGGAAGCGCCUCAUCUCUUCCGUGGAUGACUUCACAGAGUUUGUGUGAGGCUGUGACAGGGCGGUGCUUGGUCCCAUUGGGGUGCCCAAGAUGCUGGGCACACGCCCAGGGCUUGUGGCUGUCAUCUGAGCUGCGGCUGGCUCCUCCCUGCCCCCCAUGUGUCACUAGACGGUAUUAUGUGUAAAUGAAAUAAACUGCCGUGCCCACCUAGCCCUCGGCACUUAAGACAGAGGCACAGGUAGCAGUCA